GUUCCAAUGGGGCUGGGGGACAACAGCCUUCCACAGGGAUGUGGAGGACAUUGUGCUCCGGACUGCACGCUGCUGAGCACCCACUGGCUGACCAGACCUCCCCAGGUCUCAUCCCAAUCCUCAGGGCCCUCCCAGCAGGGCUCCCAGGACCUGCCAUGGUGGGGCUACACUCGGGGGUCCACCCAUGUGCUGUCCUUGGUGUGGGUAUCAGCACAGCCUGCAGGAUGGGCCUGGAGAGGUGGUGUGGUCCUCCAUGGCCUGCAGGGUGGUCCUGGAGAGGUGGUGUGGUCCUCCAUGACCUGCAGGGUGGGCCUGGAGAGGUGGUGUGGUCCCCAAGGCCUGCAGGGUGGUCCUGGAGAGGUGGUGUGGUCCCCCAUGGCCUGCAGGGUGGUCCUGGAGAGGUGGUGUGGUUCCCAUGGCCUGCAGGGUGGUCCUGGAGAGGUGGUGUGGUCCCCCUGGCCUGCAGGGUGGUCCUGGAGAGGUGGUGUGGUCCCCAAGUCCUGCAGGGUGGUCCUGGAGAGGUGGUGUGGUCCCUAAGGCCUGCAGGGUGGUCCUGGAGAGGUGGUGUGGUCCCCAUGGCCUGCAGGGUGGGCCUGGAGAGGUGGUGUGGUCCCCAUGACCUGCAGGGUGGGCGUGGAGAGGUGGUGUGGUCCCCCUGGCCUGCAGGGUGGGCCUGGAGAGGUGGUGUGUUCCCCCUGGCCUGCAGGGUGGUCCUGGAGAGGUGGUGUGGUCCUCCAUGGCCUGCAGGGUGGUCUUGGAGAGGUGGUGUGUUCCCUAAGGCCUGCAGGGUGGUCUUGGAGAGGUGGUGUGGUCCCCCUGGCCUGCAGGGUGGUCCUGGGGAGGUGGUGUGGUCCUCCUGGCCUGCAGGGUGGUCCUGGGGAGGUGGUGUGGUCCUCCUGGCCUGCAGGGUGGUCCUGGGGAGGUGGUGUGGUCCUCUAUGGCCUGCAGGGUGGUCCUGGGAGGUGGUGUGGUCCCCCGUGACCUGCAGGGUGGUCCUGGGGAGGUGGUGUGGUCCCCCUGGCCUGCAGGGUGGUCCUGGGGAGGUGGUGUGGCCCUCUAUGGCCUGCAGGGUGGUCCUGGAGACGUGGUGUGGUUCCCAUGACCUGCAGGGUGGUCCUGGAGAGGUGGUGUGGUCCUCUAUGGCCUGCAGGGUGGUCCUGGGGAGGUGGUGUGGUCCCCAUGGCCUGCAGGGUGGUCCUGGAGAGGUGGUGUGGUCCCCCGUGACCUGCAGGGUGGUCCUGGGGAGGUGGUGUGGUCCCCCUGGCCUGCAGGGUGGUCCUGGGGAGGUGGUGUGGCCCUCUAUGGCCUGCAGGGUGGUCCUGGAGACGUGGUGUGGUUCCCAUGACCUGCAGGGUGGUCCUGGAGAGGUGGUGUGGUCCUCUAUGGCCUGCAGGGUGGUCCUGGGGAGGUGGUGUGGUCCCCCUGGCCUGCAGGGUGGUCCUGGGGAGGUGGUGUGGUCCUCCUGGCCUGCAGGGUGGUCCUGGGGAGGUGGUGUGGUCCUCUAUGGCCUGCAGGGUGGGCCUGGAGAGGUGGUGUGGUCCCCCAUGACCUGCAGGGUGGUCCUGGAGAGGUGGUGUGGUCCCCCUGGCCUGCAGGGUGGGCCUAGAGAGGUGGUGUGGUCCUCCUGGCCUGCAGGGUGGUCCUGGAGAGGUGGUGUGGUCCUCUAUGGCCUGCAGGGUGGUCCUGGAGAGGUGGUGUGGUCCUCUAUGGCCUGCAGGGUGGUCCUGGGGAGGUGGUGUGGUCCCCAUGGCCUGCAGGGUGGUCCUGGAGAGGUGGUGUGGUCCCCAUGGCCUGCAGGGUGGGCCUGGAGAGGUGGUGUGGUCCCCAUGGCCUGCAGGGUGGUCCUGGAGAGGUGGUGUGGUCCUCUAUGGCCUGCAGGGUGGUCCUGGAGAGGUGGUGUGGUCCUCUAUGGCCUGCAGGGUGGUCCUGGAGAGGUGGUGUGGUCCCCCUGGCCUGCAGGGUGGUCCUGGGGAGGUGGUGUGGUCCUCCUGGCCUGCAGGGUGGUCCUGGGGAGGUGGUGUGGUCCUCCUGGCCUGCAGGGUGGUCCUGGGGAGGUGGUGUGGUCCUCUAUGGCCUGCAGGGUGGUCCUGGGAGGUGGUGUGGUCCCCCGUGACCUGCAGGGUGGUCCUGGGGAGGUGGUGUGGUCCCCCUGGCCUGCAGGGUGGUCCUGGGGAGGUGGUGUGGCCCUCUAUGGCCUGCAGGGUGGUCCUGGAGACGUGGUGUGGUUCCCAUGACCUGCAGGGUGGUCCUGGAGAGGUGGUGUGGUCCUCUAUGGCCUGCAGGGUGGUCCUGGGGAGGUGGUGUGGUCCCCAUGGCCUGCAGGGUGGUCCUGGAGAGGUGGUGUGGUCCCCCGUGACCUGCAGGGUGGUCCUGGGGAGGUGGUGUGGUCCCCCUGGCCUGCAGGGUGGUCCUGGGGAGGUGGUGUGGCCCUCUAUGGCCUGCAGGGUGGUCCUGGAGACGUGGUGUGGUUCCCAUGACCUGCAGGGUGGUCCUGGAGAGGUGGUGUGGUCCUCUAUGGCCUGCAGGGUGGUCCUGGGGAGGUGGUGUGGUCCCCCUGGCCUGCAGGGUGGUCCUGGGGAGGUGGUGUGGUCCUCCUGGCCUGCAGGGUGGUCCUGGGGAGGUGGUGUGGUCCUCUAUGGCCUGCAUGGUGGUCCUGGGGAGGUGGUGUGGUCCUCCUGGCCUGCAGGGUUGGGCCUGUCACCUCUGCUCCCCACGAGCGCCUGUCUGACUGUCCCCAUCCGUUGCCACCCCUUUCUGGUCUAGGACCUCUCUUUUUACACAGUGCCUAGAGGUCGGGGCCCACAUGGGUAGAGGGGCCCUCAGGUUUCCUUGAUGGCACUAGGUCUCUGUUC